CUGAUUGUUGCGAUGUUCGAAACCUCUCUGUUUGGAAUUCCUUUAUGGUCAUGGUGCUUUGCACAUAAGUCAUCACAUGUUAUAACCACUGGCAGCCCCAAACCUCAACAUGGUCUCCAGCUUGCCAUGCGCCUGAAGGUCCUGCAUAGUUGUCCGCUUUUAAGGCUCACCUGUUCCUGACCUACUUCGAGUGCUUUUGCCAGCACUGCCAAGCCCGCUUCGUAGCCUCCGCGAGGAUGAUGGUGGAAGCACAGAUCCCAGAGCACCUUCCUGAGUUCAUUGGAUCGCAACGGAUCGGAUCUCCUACGCAUGUUGGGCAGCCACAGGGCUCUGGCACGACUCCGGCAGCCACUGCAGAAAGAGUUGCUCAGCAGCUUGGAAGCGCCGCCGGCGGCCGCUGGUGCCACCUGAAGGGCUGGAAGGAAGGAACGAGCGGAGAACCCGGAGUGUUCCAGCUACCAGGACGCACAGAUUCCAGCUACCACGUCAAGCACGCCUGGGAGCCGCGCAAAGGGCUCCGAGGGCUUGUUGGUGGCGUGGAGGUCCAAGAGGAGAUCCUCCAUUGGGAGCCACGCUCCAGCCCCUUUAAAUGUGCUGAGAUCUCUUUGGCUCUUCUCUGCUCCAGAUUUUUCGCUGGGAACACAUCAUCGAAGCAGCGGUUCAAGUCCUCCUCGAUGUACCUGGCGCAAAGAUCGUGCUUCGGACGGUUGACUCCAAUUGGAGAUCAAGUUGUCACUGGGAAGCUCCAGGGUCAACAACCAGAGUCAACCAUAGACUCUGAAGGGAAGCUGCGCACCGUGUCGCUUGGGCCACCGCCGGAGGGUUCCCAAUGAUCAGCGUGACUUCGCCCGCGGUCUGCGGGGCCUGACGUCCGUAUGGUCAGGUGUCUACGGCCUCUGAGAGGUUCAAGUGACCAUCUAAGACCCGUCACCUGGGGUACCUAUGGGAUAGCCUAGGAUAUCCUAGGAUGGUUAAUACAAUAACAAUACGGGUGCGCCUGGGAGAUGUGUUUUUUGGUGGUUUUGUGCAAGGUUUGGUGCUCUCCCACACCCGCCCCUCUAUAAGAAGGGGUGUCCCAAAACCACCGAACGGAAGAUAGUGAGGUCCUGGUGAGGUCGGGACUGGCGGACUGGGUCUUACCUCCCAGGGCCGGGUGGUCGGCCCAGGCAAGCAGGCCUAGUGGGCCUUUCUCAAACCCUAGGCCUCCAGUCGUACCUUCUGAGAAGGUGGGACUGGGGUGGGUGCCAUGUUCGGGUCCAGUCAUACCGAACCUGAGGAGGUACGACCGGAGGUGUAGGGAACAUGAUCUUUGAUCGACUGUUGCAGGUCAUGGGGAAAAGAUACAAGCCACUAGGUCGAAUACAUGGAGCCAGCCGAGGGAUGAAGGUAGAAUACUCCGUCGGGGACCAGCUCGGUUUCCCCGAUGCAGACCUGGAUCUUCGAUUCCUG